UACCACAGACACUAAGCCUCGAAGGAAACGACUUCACCUGAAACUGAUCAGAGCAAAAUUUGGACUACGACUCAAAACAAGACCCUGAAAACGGAAGUGGGCAGGGGAAUUAUGCUUAUCCUGCGCUCCCAACUCGUGGUGUGGCUACUGCAGUUGACAAUGCUACAAGGUACUACUAGCUCAGAAGCAGCCUGCGGGCAGCCAGUUAUAUCUACACGAAUUGUUGGUGGGCAGCCAGCCACCGAAGGCGAAUGGCCCUGGCAGGUCAGCAUUUCAAUGAACGGUCAACAUAUAUGUGGAGGUUCUCUCAUAGCUGAGCAGUGGGUGCUAUCUGCAGCUCACUGCUUUCCAUAUGCUGUAGACUAUGACGUGCAGCUUGGGGUCUAUCAGCUCAUGAACCCCUCAUCAGACUCUGUGACCUCUACAGUGCAACAGAUUAUCCCCCAUCCAGAUUUCAAUGGUCAUGAUGGCUCCAGUGGAGACCUGGCAUUAUUAAAGCUGACAUCCCCCGUGAAUUUCACUGACUACAUCCUCCCUGUUUGCCUGCCACACUCCUCCACAGAGUUCCCCUCCGGAACAAACUGUUCGGUCACUGGAUGGGGAAAAAUAGGAGAAAACGACCCCUUGGAAAGUCCGAAAACCCUUCAGGAGUUGGAGGUGCCACUCAUUGACCGAGAGACAUGCAAUGCUAUGUAUAACAUUAACCCAGAUGAAGAAUUUGGCAUGAAUCCUAUCAAGCCUGAUAUGCUGUGUGCUGGUUAUGAAGAAGGAAAGAAAGAUGCAUGUCAGGGUGACUCUGGGGGACCUUUGGUGUGUCCAAGCGAUGGAGUUUGGAUUCUGGCUGGGGUUGUGAGCUGGGGGGAUGGCUGUGCCCAACCCAAUCGCCCUGGCAUCUACACUUCGGUUCCUUACUACGCUGAUUGGAUCCAAGAGAAAAUGAACGGCGGGCUCUCAAAUACCCCUACAAUCACACUCCUCUUGAUUUCUCUGGCACUGACUCUCUGGUGAGAUAUUCAGCUUUCGGUCUUCAGUCUGCUAGCUAAUGGUGUGGAAUAUUCAGAAUGCUCUUUGGACUCAGUUUAGUAGUGUCCCAAACUGCUGCAUGCAGUGGAGGAAUAGUUUUGUUCUGAUUAAUGAGGGCAAGUCAAUGUUAUUGACUUAAAUUGUUUAAAAAUCAUUUGAUAAUGAUUUAAUGUUUAAAGAUCAUUUGAUUAAAAAUCAUUUAAUAAGUUUUGGGGCCUAUUUCAGACAACUGCUCCAAUAUCUUGUCUUCCCAACUAACUUGGAGAUUUCUAUCUGCUUCUCAAUUCUUUAAGUGGAAGGCACAGAUGCUUUGUAUGUUCACUCUGUCAGUGCAUUUUUUUACUCCAUACCACUUGGGUUUAACAAGUAAAGCUUGACCAAAAUCGGCAAGUGGACCAGCUUCGCAACAGAUUUACAAGCAGAACUGUUUUGGAUGCUUUUAGCACAGCGUACUCCAUUUGGAAUACAUUACAACAAUAUUUUAUGUCCACUCACAAUGCAUAGCUGCCUUCUUGUCAUGCGCAAAAGAACCUAUUCUGCAAGAGUGGCCACAUACAGCUCCACAAGCAUUUCCAUCCCCCCCCAUCCAUCCCCACCUCUCCAUGUUUUCCAUAAUGGGCCAGGAUUCUCCCACAACACCUAAAAUUUGCCACCUCCAUAAGAACCAAUUUUCCAGAUAUUGUAUAUUUCACAUCUAACAUGUUCCAUUUCAUUAAAUAAUCACAAGAUCUCUGCUCACGACCAUCUGAUAGAGGCACCAGCAUGAAAUGGAUGGUCCACAAAGACUACAAUGGCCAAAAGAGAGUAAAGCUUCAGUUCCUUUAGCAAAUGGGGACGUGGU